AUGUAUCUAGUGAACUCUCCGUCAUCAAAUCGGGCGAGGGCAGUCCCUCAAACGACCGAAGGCCAGCUUUUGUACAGAGAUGAAGCUGAAGAGAGGACAAGCCCUCAGAAAUCCAAUCGUCAGUUUGCCAGUGAAAUUAGUGAGAGGACCCGUUCUCUACUACAGAUCCUAAAUAAACUAGAAUAUAGGAGAUUAUUUUUAGUACUUAGUUACAUUGGAAGGCAAAAGUUGGAAACUGUGAUGACGCUGGAUGAUGCGAAUGACAUUCUAAGUAUGAAGGACAGGUCGAUGACAAAUUUCGAGUCUAAAAUUUGGGAUUCCUAUGGGAGGCAGUUCUAUGAAAAGUCAGAUCGAAGCGAGGAUGAGAAUGGCUUUGUUAUCUUUGAUGAAGAUAAGAAGCCUCUUUUACAUACUGAUGGAACAGGCUACAUCUCCGAAAAUCUAGCCAUGCAGUGUCCGAAAGAUCUUUGCAGAGCUAAAUAUAUGAAGGAUGAUGAUUUUCUGGUUAAUCUUUUUACUCUUUCUAUUGCCUCGAACCAUGAAGGGAUGGAUGAAGGUUUUAUGGCCCAAAGAAUGCUAUCAUCUGGGAUUCCUCUCUAUGAGCCAUAUCUCCAACAAUGUUUGUCAAGACUGGUAAAGGACGACAAGGCAAAGCUUAAAACAGGGAGGAUACCAAUCAGUGAAAGCUUUUACGUGAUGGGCACUGCUGACCCUACGGGAAGAUUGAACAAUGACCAAGUCUGUGUUAUCCUCAACAAAAGUUUAAUACCCAACCCAGGCAGUGGCUUGGAAUCGUUAUUGGGAUUGGAACCAGCUGAGCCACCUCAGUUUGUCAACACCGAGUCAGAUGACUCGAUUGAUCUUCUUUCCCACGGAACAGAAGAAUCCUCAAAUCAUCCCUCAAAUUACGAGACAUUUGGGUUUGAGUUUGCGGUGGAGAUGGCGGUGGUCAGUGUAGAUUUUGGAUUUGAGGUGGGGAUGGGUGAGGGUGAGGGUGAGGGUGAGGGUGAGGGUUGA